AUGAAGGCUGUCGGUGGUGGGGCACGGCCUGUGGUGUUGGCCUUAACGACACUGAUGGUCGUUUCGAAGGUCGCUCACGGUGCCCCACAAGAAACAACUCAAUUAGGUUUCAGUCCUGAAGAGGCAGCAUGUUUGAGGGUGUUCGACGACGAGUGCACGUGGUGCGUGGCCCUCUACAGGGAGGGAGGCGACGCGAGCCGCGGGCAGCGCACCGGCAGCGGCCUGUACUGCGGCGGGGCGCUGGUGGGCGGGCGCGUGGUGCUGACGGCCGCCAUGUGCGCGCUCAAAGCGCCCUCGGAGGCGGUGAGGGCGCGCGUGCCCGCCUCCGCUGACCCGCGCAGGGACUACGCGGUCGGCCACACGAUCCUCCGCCACAACAACGCUACCGGUACCUAUGCAAAAGACUUCGCACUUAUGGUGCUGACCGAAGACGUUCAAUGGGAUUUGGCAGGGAAUAACGGAGCAUGUUUGGAGCUUCGGAAACCGAUGGGAGGUGAUUGCGUAUUCAUCAAGUUCACCACUUCGGAACAAUUUGUCAUGUCGCCGCUGUCGGUGCGCGAUGGUAGAUGCAGAAAUAGACGUACGCGUGGCGAGGGCGUCGUCGCAUGCGGAACCGCAGAGGCGGGCCAGUGCGAUGCAGCGGUGGGUGCGCCCGUCCUCUGCCCCAUCACCAGCGACGACCAGGGAGGCAUGUCACUAGCGGGCGUGAUACGGAAGCCAUGCAGUGGCGAUAGUGUGUUAAUAAGCAAAGUCCAGAUGCACGCUGAUUGGUUCAAUCAGGAGCUGCAGAGACUGGGCCUCCAGCCCAUUUCCUACUACUUG